CUCGCUUUGUGCGAGGCAAAAGAGCCAAUAAGGAACGAGGCAAAAAUUGGGUGCAGUAAACCCGAAAAGGGGGCUAGGAGGCCCGCGGGAAGAGCGGGGGAGGAGACAGGGAGGAGCGGGGAGGGCCGAGAGAGGAGGAGGCCGGCGCCGAGCGCCAGCGGCGCCCCUGACAGAAGAGGGGGAAGCCUGGGGGAGCGCGCCUCGGAGCCGAGGGGCCGGCGCGGGGAGGCGGGCGCCAGGCGGGGGUUUGCCGGGCCGCCGCGCGUGACGUAGCGCCGGGCAGGGCGUUAUCAGCUGCGGGGCCGCGGCGAGGGACGCGCGGCGACAGCGGACGGCGCCGCCCGGGCCCGGACGGCUGCAGCCCGCGGCCGCGAGCGCGUCCCGAGCGCUUCUGGCUGUCGCCCCGUCGCCGUGCCCCGUCCCAGGGCGGCAUGAGCCCUCGGCCGCAGCCCUAGCGCCCGCUCCUCCGCCCGGGCGGCCGGGCUGCGGUGACGAGUGCUCGCUGCGAGGGUCGGGGCCAUGAAGCCGAGUGCGGCCGGGACGGCGAGGGAGCUGGAGCCGCAGGCGCCGGCCCGGGGCGAGCAACGCGCGCUGGAGCCCGAGGGGCGCUGGCGGGAGAAAGGCGAGGCGGACACGGAGCGGCAGCGCACCCGGGAGCGGCAGGAGGCCACGCUGGCCGGGCUGGCGGAGCUGGAGUACCUGCGCCAGCGCCAGGAGCUGCUGGUCCGGGGCGCCCUGCGUGGCGCGGGGGGCUCGGGAGUCGCUGCGCCCCGCGCUGCGGAGCUGCCGGCGGAGGCGGCGCAACGCAGCCGCCUGGAGGAGAAGUUCUUGGAGGAGAAUAUCUUGCUGCUGCGGAAGCAAUUGAAUUGUCUAAGGAGAAGAGAUGCUGGUUUGUUGAAUCAGUUGCAAGAACUUGACAAGCAGAUAAGUGACCUGAGACUAGAUGUAGAAAAGACAUCUGAAGAGCACCUGGAGACGGACAGUCGGCCCAGCUCAGGGUUUUAUGAGCUGAGUGAUGGGGCUUCAGGAUCCCUUUCCAAUUCCUCUAACUCGGUCUUCAGUGAGUGUUUAUCCAGUUGUCAUUCCAGCACCUGCUUUUGCAGCCCCUUGGAGGCAACCUUGACUAUCUCAGAUGGUUGCCCCAAAUCUGCAGAUCUCAUAGGAUGGUUGGAAUAUAAAGAAGGCCACUGUGAAGACCAGGCCUCAGGGCCAGUUUGCCAUACCCACUCCACAUCACAAUUUAAUUCCCUUGGUAUCAUUGCAGAUGUGAAUCCCAAGUACCAGUGUGAUCUGGUGUCUAAAAACGGGAACGAUGUGUAUCGCUAUCCCAGCCCACUUCAUGCCGUGGCGGUGCAGAGCCCAAUGUUUCUCCUUUGUCUGACGGGCAACCCUCUGAGGGAAGAGGAGAGGCUUGGUAACCAUGCCAGUGACCUUUGUGUGGGAUCUGAGUUGGACGCCGUCAAGACAGACACUUCCUUGCCAUCUCCAAGCAGUUUGUGGUCUGCUCCCCAUCCUUCGUCCAGUAAGAAAAUGGAUGGCUACAUUCUGAGCCUGGUCCAGAAAAAAACACACCCUGUAAGGACCAACAAACCAAGAACCAGUGUGAAUGCGGACCCCACGAAGGGGCUUCUGAGGAAUGGGAGCGUCUGUGUCCGAGUGACUGGGGGCGUCUCACAGGGCAACAGCGGGAACCUUAAAAAUUCUAAACAGGUGCUUCUGCCCUCGGGCGGAAUCCCUUCUCCGGACCUCGGGACGUUCUCCCCACCGAAGCAGUGGUCAAAGGAAUCCAAGGCAGAACACGUGGAAAGCAAGAGGCUGUCCCCGCCUGAGGGCUGCUUGCCCGGCGCCGCCCCUGAACUUCCAGCCAAGCAUCUGCCCAAAAAUGCCAAGCCCGCUUCCCAGGAACACGCCCGCUGUCCCACCGCUGUCCCAGGGGAGUCCCCCAAAGACGGCAUUCAGGUUCUAGGCGCCCCUGCCAAGGAGAGCCCCGGGAGGGGCCCCGCGCCGCCGGCGGAGGGCAAAGCCGUCCAGCCGCUGAAAAAGCUGUCGCAGAAGAGCUGCCCGCCGCCCGCCCCUCCUGCAGCGCCCCCUCCUGUGCCCACGACGCCGCUGCCUGCGGCUUUCACCGUGGAAGAGCGGCCGGCGCUGGAUUUCAAGAGCGAGGGCUCCUCCUCCCAGAGCCUGGAGGAAGGGCCCCCGGCGAAGGCGCCGUCCGGCCCGGGCCCGCAGGCAGCGGGCGGCAGGCCCCACCGCGGCUCCCGGACCGCGGCCGUCCCGCGGGGCUCAGCCCCGAAGCACCGGGGCGCCCCGACCCUUCACGGCCCGGACAGCGCGCUGCCCCCGGUGAGGGAGAAGAGCCGCGUGGCGGGCAAGAAGUGCCGGUUCCCCGACGACGCGGACACAAACCGGAAACUCAGGAAGGCCUCGUCCCGCGGGCGGAAGGGCGGGGGCGGCCAGCCCGAGGCGGGUCUCCCCAGCCGGCCGCCGGGCGCGGGCCACAGGGCCGGGGGCAGGGCGCACGGCCACGGCCGGGAGGCUCUGGUGGCCAAGCCCAAGCACAAGCGAACGGACUCGCGGCGCUGGCGCUCGGCCGCGGAGGUGUCCCUGGAAGAGGCCCUGCGGCGGUCGCGGCGCGUCCGGCGCGAGCACGUGGGCCUGUAUCCCGCCGCCGUGCCGCUGCCCUACGCCAGCCCCUACGCCUACGUGGCCAGCGACUCGGAGUACUCGGCCGAGUGCGAGUCGCUCUUCCACUCCACGGUGCUGGACACCAGCGAGGACGAGCGCAGCAACUACACCACCAACUGCUUCGGGGACAGCGAGUCCAGCGUGAGCGAGGGUGAGUUUGCGGGCGACAGCACGAGCUCCAGUGACUCCGAGGAAAGCGGGGGCCUCAUCUGGUCCCAGUUCGUCCAGACCCUCCCCAUCCAGGCGGUCACGGCCCCAGACCUCCACAGCAACCCCACGAAAACCUUUGUCAAAAUCAAGGCUUCGCAUAACCUCAAGAAGAAGAUCCUCCGCUUUCGGUCCGGCUCUCUGAAACUCAUGACGACCGUCUAAGGAACGCCGCUGGCGGGGAGAGCGGGGUGCUGUCUAGUUUUCUAGAGGAAAAGGUGGCGUCUUAUUUCUUUGUGUGACAGUUUCACGGAAUGCUUUCCUUUCGUUGGGGUUACCCCGAGGUCAAUUGUCUCGUCUUCAUCUUGUAGGGACACUAGUGCCUUGAAUGGAAGGUAAAGAAUGUUUUUUUGUUGGCUAGGAGUAAAUACUGGGUUUUUAAUGGUGGUGAUAGUGAAUGGAUUUUGUGAUAUCAGGUGAUUUUUAUCGGAAAUUCUCCGAGCUUCUGUGAAGGCACAGGUUUCGAUGGUCCAGUCUUACUGGGAUGGGACCUUUUGAUCGGAAGGUCAGGUUGAUGGAAUCUAGGACAUACGUUUGCUUCUUGGUUCUCUCGGGCAGUGUCGCCACCAGGGUUUACCUGUUGAGAGGCAUCACGUACACUUGUGUGAAGUAGGUACGAUGGACAGUCAUUGUUUUCUGUAAUUUUCAAUAUAGUCUCCCUUUCUUAGGUGGGUCCCCAUUCUCUUUUCCUCCCAGAACUGUUUCGUUUACUGGACUCAGAACUUGAAGACCAGCCCCUAGAUCCAGAGCUGGUGACCUGGAUCGGGAGGCUGGUAAUAACCUUAAAAGGAUUCACUAAAACUUUUGCCGCAUUUGGUGCCUAGGCCCUAGUUUCAGUAACCCUUUAACGGCCGAUUAGCCAACAUUUUGAUGCCUUUUUCCUCUUCCCUGAUUUGCAGCUGAUCCAACCAUUUCUUCCUGGAAGGACUUGUCUUUGGGAUAGAAUUUUGGUCCUGGGGUACUGAGAAAUUCAGCCCUAAUGAAAUAACCCUGGGGUGUGACUCUAAGCCCAGAAUUGCUCACUGAGCAUUGUGCCACCUAAGCAUUGGCCUGAACAUUUUAGUGCAAUCCAGUCCAGAUUGGACCACUGAUUCUGUCUGGAAGGGCUUUUUUUAAAAAAAGAAAAAAAAAAGUUUUGGUAAACAGUAUUGUGUAAAAUUGUUUUUUAUACCAAUAUAUGCAUGUUUUGUGCAUGAGUAGUAUUUGUUUUGAUAUUUCUAUGAUGUUAAAUUACUGUAUGAUAUAAACAGUAUGUGUUUUUAUAUAUCAUUGUGUAAAUUUAAUAUAACGCAUUUUAUGCUGUAAUAAACAGUUUGUUUUACUGCUGUUAAGUUUGUUGUUUGGGUAUAAAACCAGUUACACAUAAAAAUCUUGUGCU